GCGGACGGCGCCCCCAGUCCGUGUAGCGCCGGGCUCAGGCGGACGCGCAGGGCUCCUCACUUCCUCUUGGGCAAGAUGGCGGGGGACGAGGCGGGAGUGACUCUGGGGCAGCCGCACCUCUCCCGGCAGGACCUGGCCACCCUGAAUGUUACCAAGCUGACACCUCUCUCACCAGAAGUCAUAAGCCGACAAGCUACAAUUAAUAUAGGCACAAUUGGUCAUGUGGCCCAUGGAAAGUCAACAGUAGUAAAAGCUAUUUCUGGAGUUCACACUGUUAGAUUCAAAAAUGAACUGGAAAGAAAUAUCACUAUCAAGCUGGGUUAUGCCAACGCUAAGAUUUACAAACUUGAUGACCCCAGUUGCUCCCGACCAGAGUGUUACCGGUCCUGUGGAAGUAGUACACCAGAUGAGUUCCCUACAGAUAUUCCUGGGACCAAAGGGAAUUUUAAACUAAUCAGGCAUGUCUCUUUUGUUGAUUGUCCGGGCCAUGAUAUCUUGAUGGCUACUAUGCUGAACGGUGCCGCAGUCAUGGAUGCAGCGCUGCUUUUGAUAGCUGGUAAUGAGUCAUGCCCUCAGCCCCAGACCUCUGAACAUCUAGCUGCUAUAGAAAUCAUGAAAUUGAAACACAUUCUAAUUCUACAGAAUAAGAUUGACUUGGUAAAGGAGAGCCAGGCUAAAGAACAGUAUGAACAGAUUCUUGCAUUUGUACAAGGUACAGUUGCAGAAGGAGCUCCUAUUAUUCCAAUCUCAGCACAGCUGAAAUAUAACAUUGAGGUGGUUUGUGAGUAUAUAGUAAAGAAAAUUCCAGUCCCAUUGCGAGACUUCACAUCAGAACCAAGACUUAUUGUAAUUAGAUCUUUUGAUGUCAACAAGCCUGGAUGUGAAGUAGAUGACCUUAAGGGUGGUGUAGCUGGCGGUAGUAUUCUAAAAGGUGUAUUAAAGGUAGGCCAGGAACUUGAAGUCAGACCUGGUAUUGUCUCCAAGGACAGUGAAGGAAAACUCAUGUGCAAACCAAUCUUUUCCAAAAUUGUGUCACUUUUUGCAGAACACAACGAUCUACAGUAUGCUGCUCCUGGAGGCCUAAUCGGUGUUGGCACUAAAAUUGACCCAACUUUAUGUCGGGCUGACCGAAUGGUGGGGCAGGUUCUUGGUGCAGUUGGAGCACUCCCUGAAAUAUUCACAGAGCUGGAAAUUUCCUAUUUCCUGCUUAGGCGACUGCUAGGUGUGCGCACUGAAGGAGACAAGAAAGCUGCAAAGGUGCAGAAACUAUCCAAGAAUGAAGUUCUAAUGGUAAAUAUAGGAUCCUUGUCUACUGGAGGAAGAGUUAGCGCGGUGAAGGCUGAUUUGGGCAAGAUAGUGCUAACUAACCCUGUUUGCACAGAAGUAGGAGAAAAAAUUGCCCUUAGUCGAAGAGUUGAGAAACACUGGCGUAAUUCUCAGCCUGUGGGCCUGGGCUCUGCAGUUCCAUCUGCAUGUCACUGUCAAUGCUGCUUUGCAAAGUAUGUGUCGUGGGGAGGACAAGGGAACAAAGGGACACUGACCUCCAAGGACCUUUUUCUCUGGCCCCCAUGAGACUGAAGUUUAAUCGGCUGGGGUCAAAUAAGAAGAGGAGUGACAAUCAAGCCAACAGUUGAUGAUGACUGAGAAGUAAAAACGAGUGCUUCAUUUUGAGAGAUGGAAUGCCUAUUUCCAUAUACUUGGGGGUACAUUUUUGGAGUGAAAUUUGUUACACAACUCCCAUUGCCCCAGACAUUUUACUGGAUAUUUACCCUAUUACUAAAAUACUAGUCAGUAUGUCCAAUGAAAGGGUAAAAAAUUGUCAUAGAGAUGGAUCUAAUAAUCCACAUUUUAGCAGAAACUAAUUGUAUGUGUUUCAUGCCAUAUCUAAUUUAUGUUAAUUUGUGUUUGAGAAGAUCUGUUUAAUAUCGCUCAAGCCACCCCCAAUGUAAAACAAACGAUAAAACCUGUUUUGAAAUAAAAUAUUGCUUCUUAUUUUUUCA